UUUUCAUACGCGACGGUCACAUCGGGUGAUGGCGUCUUUAAAAGUCUAAAAUUUAUCAGCGAUUUUGCUGAAUGAAAACGCGAUUUUAGAGAGCAUCUGCAGAUUUCCUGGACGAACUGUGUGCUAGGCGGGCGCCAGGAAUUGUGCGUGGGAAAAGGAGACUUAAAACCGGGCUGAAACGCAGCCAAUUCGCCAGAUAAACGUGAGGGAAACGUGCGUUCCUGGUGGUUUUAAUUUUUGUGGGAAAAUCGCAACGGGCGGCAUUCUGCUACAAUGGACAUUUUUGAUAUAGUAAAAGCGGCGCCGCCGCCGACAACGAUAAAUCCGGUUGAUAGAAAGAUCUCCACCCCCUCGCCGAUACCGCCAGAUUCUCCAUACAACUCAGACAUCCUAGACGGCGGAAACCUUUCGAACGACGACGAUUUGGACAAGGAGCCAACGCUCGACGAGUCGACCUUUAAAAUAACCAGUAAGAAUUCAGAUGAUAUUGAUCAGGAAUUAGAGAUAUCUCCCUUCAAAAUGCCGAAAGCUAUAAAGAAAUUUGGAGAAGAUAUUGUGGACUUGAAGGGUUCUUCCGAUGAGGAGCAAGAUGAAACUUCGUUCAAAAAACCGAAAAAGAGCGAGGAGUCCAAUAAGGCCACUUCAAACAAGAAAUCCGCUGCGUCCGCACAAUUGUAUCCAUUGAAACCCCACAAGAAAAGACCCGCCGAGCCUCUGCCGGACGAUGAGGACUCGGAGGAGGACCAGCAGAUGACCACCAUGCCCACCAAGACCAAGGCGCAGCAGAAAAUGUUUAGCGACCAGCCGCCGGGCAAGAUUAACUUCGAUCGGCAGUGUGAGGUGCGAGUGCGUCGCUUGGCCCAGCAUGAAAUCGAUUCGGCCUUCAAGUCAGUGGCCAAUUCAACUUUUGCCCAGGAGACCGACUGGUCUCGCUCUCGUUCCCGCCCAGGCGGAAGUAAGGUGCGUGGCAGGCCCAGGAAGGGCAACCCAUCGCCGCCCAAGAAACCAAAGUCGCCGCCCCAGACCAAUUUUCACAUCAAGGUUCCUCUGCAGAACGGCGCCAAGAAGCGGGCUCUCAAUCAGUUGGCGCGCACACACACGCCCCCGCCAAAUUUGACCAGAAGGGGGGCGAUGAAGGCACAGUCCAAGUCGCCCGAAAAGCCCAAGCCGAAGUCCAAGUUGCUGAGCAAGCCGAUUCGGGGCCGCAACGCCAGCCAGGAAUUGAUCAAUCGUUUCGGUGCCCGUUUCUUUGGCUGCGUGGUCAAGAUCAAGAGGACGCCCUGGCCCGAGCAGUGGCCGGAGUGCAGCCCACGCCCGAUUGGCGGGUCCAGGAAGGGACGUAACCGGAAGUCCAAUCUAUCGGUGUCCUUCAGCGAGGCCGUCGAGAUUCUGGGCAGCCCGGAGGGGCCAUCGCGCCGGGCCACUUUCGGUUCGUUUUCAUCGAGGUCGACGCCCAAGCCCACACGCCUGCAGCGCGUGGAUGCCACCGGCAAUGUGCUGGAGGACAUAGCACUGACCUCCACGCCGCUCUUCUCGCCAUCUGCCGGGCCAUCCACUUCUGGAGGAUCCCGUACGAAGGGAAAGCGCCGCUCCUGCAAUGGAUCACCAAUGGGCGCGCGGCUUAAGCGCCCGCACCAGCGUCUACCGCUCUCCAGUUUGGCCAGCCUGCGAUUGGACGACGGCCCGAAUUCCGGCGAGGAUGAGGAGUACAUAGUGCCCAACGAGCUGCCGGGAAUAAAGAGAACUGGAACGCCUCCUAUCAAGAAAAAGAAAAUAUCCUUCACCACGACCAUCAGUGACGAUGAGGAUGAAAAGCCGGCUCCAAAAAAGCUGAAGGAUAAUCUAAAAAAGCAGCCAAAACCCCACAAAGAGAGCGGUAACAAAAAGACGGAUAAGGCCUCCAAGGAUAAGGAAAAGGCUGACAAAUCGCACAAGGAAAAGGAGAAAAAACAGGAAAAGAAGGAUAAGAAAAAUGAGAUUGCAAAGGAAAAACUUACUCCAGCCACAGAAGUAAAAGCCGCCGAAAAACCGGAAAUCAAGCCACCAGAAGAGGAAACGCCAUCAAAAGAGCGCGAAAACAAAGCAGAGGAAGCUGCUACAAAUGAAUUAGAAAGAGACGGAGAAGCACAGGAAAAAUCUGUAGAUGCAGCAGAGGAAAAUCAAGAUGAAAGUGUUGAAGACAAAGCUGAAGAAAAAGUGGAAGACAAACUAGAGGAAAAAGUAGAAGACAAAGCGGAGGAAAAUCCAGAAGUUGCUCAAGAAGAAGAUCCGCAGGAGGACACCGAAAUGGAAUUAGGUGAAAACGCGGGGAAUACUUCCGAAAUUGUUCAUGAAUCUUCACAAAAGCCCACAGGCGAGGAAAACAUUGAGGAGGAUGUAGAGCAGGCUGAUGAGUUUAGGGAAUUGCCAACCCCGCCCCAGCUGCCGUCCACCACUGAGGAGAACCAAGACGACAUUCUGGAGAUCCAGACGUCCUUGGACGACGUCCGUCAGUUGCACACUCCCUCAUCCCGCCUCAGUACACCCAAGCCGCGCAGCCGCCUUGACUCCGGCGAAUCCGAUUGCAGCUUCAAGUCCGCCAGCGAUCACGAUAAGCCGCCAGCUGUACCCCUAACAGAAGAUGUCAUCCAGGAGGAGGAAAAUCCAGCGGGAUCCGUUGAGGAACAACUAGCAGAACCCAUGACAGAUGAUACCCUCGAUCCCGCCGAGCUUCCCGCGGAGCUGAUGACCCCGCCCUCGGCCCCUAGGACCACGAACGGCGGCGAUCCCACCAGCGGAUCCAGUGCGUCGGCGCCAUACUACUCGCCCAUUGACUCCAUGCCCACGUUGGAUGACGAGGUUCUUGGCCAGCUUGUCGAUUACAAGUAGAGAAGCUUAAGUUUUCAAGUCUUACAAACCGGACUUCCAGUUAAACUCCAGCCGCCAUGCGAUUUCCAGGGGAACACUGGACGACAUAAUGACUGCGUUAGAAUCCUAGGAACCAGUCUAAUUGCACACCAAGUACUAAAGUAUAUACGAACAACCAUACACACACUCACCCCCCUCCCCCCACACACACACACACACACACAAAAAAAGGUGGAUUUAGAACCGAUUAGGUUUGAACUUAGUCAGGAUUUUAAAUAUGUUCCCCUUAUGAUCAAGAAAUAGUCGUAUGUUUACUUUUAAAGACAUCUUCAUUUUGAACAGGUACUCAGAUUUAAAAUAAUAAUGUAUUUUUUUGUAAGAGAAAGCUAAUGAUGCAAACUUGAAUAAUUUGCACUUAAAUAAGUUGCUGAUCUAGUCAGCUUACUGGACAUAAAACAACACAACUCACUUACUCAAUUUGCAUACAUAUGUGCGCAAAGCAGUGGAAAUAAAUAAAUUAGUACGAAAAAUUAAAGAAAAAAUUAGCAGGAAAUCAGAUAAAUAAUUUCUAAUGUUUAAGUUGCUUAAACAGAUCGUUAUG